GUACUAGCAGAGGAGGAGGAGGAGGAUGGGGUGCCGCUAACCAGAGAUACACUAAUGUUAUCCAGCCAUCUACCUUUAAGUCUAAUACAUGGGGUGGCAGCAGAGAUCACGGAAGAGGAUUUUUUGGCUCCUCUGAUUUUGGAUCGUCAGUCGGCAGCAGCAGAAGUGCAGACUUUUCGCAGAACAGAUUCUCUGCAUUAAUGAACAGUCAAAAUAUUGCUGAUGGCUAUAAAGAUGAAGAGGAGAGACUUCUCGAAUGUGUAGUGAAAGACAUGGAAGUUUGGGAAUCUUCAGGACAAUGGAUAUUUUCAUCUUAUUCACCAAUGAAAGAAAAGCCAAAUGUCUCAGGCUUUCCAGAUUUCUCGCCAGAAGAGUUGCAUCUGGAGUAUUAUAACUGCAGAGCAAACAAUAACAUUCAGAACUAUAUAAAUUCUGUCCAACAGUUAGUGGAACAAUGGAAAAAUCGGCUGCUUCAGCUGAAAGCUUUAAAUGCAUCAACAAAAGCAGCUUUGCUAUCUGAAUUAAAGAACACGGUCACUCAACCAUUGCCUGCCUUUGGAUUUGGAGGACAGCAAACAUCAAGCUUUGGGUUGUCAAGCUUUCCUGUGAACAGCAGCAGUAACAGUGCUAGCAGUUUCUCCUUUAAAACAAGUUCCAGUCUCGUCAGUGCAUCAUCUGGAAACACCCCUGCUUUUGGGAGCUCUUCUGCUGGUUCUAAUCCUCCUGCAUUUGGUGUGACGUCCUCUCCUAGCAUAUCCCAUUCUGUUGGUUUUGGCAGCCCGGCGGCUCCAUCUGCAUCCUCCUUCUCAUUUAAAACUUCUGAAACAACUAGCGGUUUUGGAACUUCUGGGUUUUCAGGGUUUGGCAAUUCUUCUGCUGUGAACUCUUCAAGCACCACUCCGCUUACAGCCUUUGGAGCUUUUAAUGCAGCAGUAGCAGCUUCUCCCUCACAUUCAAGCAGUAUUUUAUUUGGACAGACUGCCAGUGCCUCUGGACAUAACAUAACAUCCGCAUCUUCUGCAGUCACAAACAAUACUACAUCAGAAAAGUUAUUUACACCAAAGAGCGAAUUAUCAGCUGAAGAGUUGAAACAAUUUGAAGCAAAAAAGUUUACGAUGGGAAAGAUUCCUCUUAAGCCACCACCAUUAGAACUUCUAAAUGUUUAG